CAUCUAGAUAAAAAGAGAUUCAAGAUGGGAUUCAAAUCAUUCUGCUUAAGUUCAGCUCAAAUCAUAAGUUGUAAAUCAACUAUGAUCACAAGUGAUUGAUUUGUUUAGCUAAGUAAGCAUGAAAAAAUAAUAAUAACGAUUUCUAGUUCCUGUAAUGAAGAGAGUGGCCCUUAAAUUGCAGUCAGGUCUCUUUUUAGUCCAACUUAAAUCUAGUGGACUUGCAAUUUGGAGCCUAAUCCAUCAUAAAUAGAACUUAGUUUUUCUACUUAGACCAAUAAUUGCCAAUCCGUAUAAUAGUGCAUCCAAAUGCUAUUUAAGUAUAUCACCAUAAAACAUCUUACUAAAAUUUAAACUUGGGAUAGUUAAGUGGUCUAAAGAAACUGACAGUUCCAUAGAACAUCGAUAGGACAGUCAUGAUAAGGGUCAUCUUGAACUUCGAAAUUGGUUCCCACGAAUCUUGAAAUGCUAAAAAAAAUACCUGUACUUGAUCUUUGGGCGGGACAUUCAUUUCUGAUCAUGUGGGCGGGACAUGCAUUUCUGAUAGUGUAGUUUGUGAAUUUCAUGUAAGAAUAGUCUCCACUAGUUUUGAAAUUCUAUUAAUUGCUUCUUCAAGGAAAUCUUCAAUUAAAAGAUUUUGAUAUAAAAAAAGCAGCAGGUGGGGUCUCUAGGAGAGCCAUUCAAAGGACUUUAUAGACUAUUGUAACCGAAAAUUUCCUUGAAAUCCAUCUCUUUUGGGCCGGGAAAGGGACUUGCUGUAUACCUAAUCAAGGUACUUUUGGUCCAUCCAUUUCGGCCAUCAGUGUCACUCCAGGUAAUAUAUCCAGGACUGAAUAUUAGAAUUAAAUUCUGUAAAUUUCUAACUGUUUGAUACUAACAGAUGAAUAUACAUAUCCUUUUUCUUUUUUCUUUUCUUUUUUUUAAUUUAAAUUUCAUACCGACUGUUAGAAGUGCGCCAGGUUGGGGAAAGAAAAGCAAGACUGGUUUGAUCAUUGGGAUUGUAGUUGGUGUUGCGCUCUGAGCUUUAUAUCCAUUUUCGCAGUUUUUAUCUAGAGAUGCAGGAGAAGGGGUAUUGAUGAAGAUGAAGAGUGUCUAAUCAUGGCUACCAAAGUAAACAAUUUCAGUUAUUCUGAACUAAGGGCUGCAAUAGAGGACUUCAGUCCGGCAAAUAAGUUGGGAGAGGGAGGAUUUGGGCCCGUUUAUAAGUUAUAUUUUAAUCAUGCUACUGUGAAAAUGUUGAGCAACCUGAAGUAUGAAAGCAAUGCGUGGUUCUUGAGGUGGUCAACCAUGUGCAGUAAGCUUUCGGAUCAAAGUGAAGCUGAGAAUAGUGUUAGUUGAUGAAAAAUUGAUAACCAGUAAAGGCACAUCCAUGGAGUUGUUACUUGUGAUUGUUGAGAAGCUAUUUGGCUACGAGAAGGCAUUGGAUCUUGCUGUCAAUGAGAACUUUAAAUAGGCAUAUAACUAUUAUGUUGGUAUUGUACUUUUG